AUGUACACUGUUUCGGCAAGAUGGCGAUGGGGAUGGAAGGGAGUUUUGCUCUGAGAUUAGGUGAGGUCGCCUGCUCUGCCGGCGUCCUUCUUUUCAUGUUAACCGAUGAAGCCGCCUUCUAUCGACGAUACACCUCCUUCUGCUUUUUGGUCAUCGUGACGGGCUUGGUGAUACCAUGGAGCUUGGUGUUGGCAAUGGUGGAUCGCUCCAUUGAUAGAAUGGAAGCUCCAAUUCCUCGACCAUGUGUAAUUUUGAUGGUUGCUGUAAUUGAUUGGAUAUUUGCAUUCAUGUUGCUGGGUGCAUCUUGUUCAACAGCUUUCUCAACAGGCUUCUUGUUCCCUGAUGUCCACUCUUAUUAUAAUAAAGCAUUGUGCACCCUAAUAUAUUACGUCUCAGCUUUUCUGGCCUUACUAUGUUAUAUAAUGUUCUUUGCCGGUGCACUCUCCAAUGUCUUUAUCGUUCCUAGUUUGUAAAUUGUAAUGCAUG